AUGGCGGCCGUUGCCUCCUUCCAGUCUCUUCGGCUCGGCAGCUGCCUCCGCUCGAGGCCCUGCCCCCUUGCUCGCACCACAGGCAUCCGCCACUUCAGCGCCUCCCAUGCUCGCCGUUCUGACUCUCAGAUGCGCAUGCUCAUCGUGGGCUCGCCCGGAUCCGGAAAGGGCACGCAGUCCACCCGUCUUCUCAAGGAAUACUCCUUCUCCGUGCUCUCAGCAGGCGACGUUCUGCGCUCUCACAUCUCGCGCCGCACCGAGAUCGGGCAGCGCGCUGACGCAGUCAUCAAGCAAGGCGGGCUUAUGCCGGAUGCGGUCAUGAUGGAUCUCAUCGGUUCGGAAGUCAAGACGCUGGCGGAUAGCGACUGGUUGCUCGACGGCUUCCCACGUACACUCGGACAGGCAGAGAUGCUCGACAGCAUGCUCGAGCAGAGCGGUAAAGCGUUGCGGCUGGUCAUCAACCUCGACGUGCCAGAAGAUGUGAUCCUGGAUCGAAUCCUGCAGCGAUGGACCCAUCUGCCGUCAGGGAGAGUGUACAAUCUCUCGUACAACCCGCCAAAAGUGGAGGGCAAGGACGAUGUGACUGGAGAACCGCUGUCGAAGCGAGAAGACGACAAUGUAGAGACGUUUGGGAAGCGAUUGAAGUCGUUCCAUGCGCAGACGGAACCCAUGUUGGAGCACUACAGGAAGAAGUCCGGGAGCAUCGUUGAUGUCGACUGUCGUAGCAACACGAAUCCGGAAGAGACAGCCAAAGGCGAUGCGCUCUUCGUCAACCUCAAGGGAGAUACGUCGAACCAGAUCUGGCCGCAUCUGCUCAAAGUCGUCCAGAGCAGGUUUCCCCAUCUCAAAUCAGCCACUUAG